AUGUCCGACCCUUCCUUCUCAUCCAAUUCUCGGCCGGAUUUGGACAUCUCUCCGCUCUCCUCCUUGUCCACCCACGCUUCGGCCUUGCCGCCCUCUCAGCUUCAUCCUUCGACCUCCUCCCACGCCGCAAUCGUCGCAGAGGACAGUCGAGCAAGCAGUCGCAACGCCAACCGCAGGAGCUCGCUCUACUCGGAUCAGUCUUUCUACUCGGCAAACGACUAUCGCAGGCGCAACAAGCAGCCACGCGUAGCGCUCCAUCCCGAAAACCAACCGGCAUCGUUCAGCUUUGUUUGUCUCGGCACCGGCGGUGGACCAUUGGAAGGCGACUGCUCGUGCUACCUGCUCAAGCCCGCCGAUCAGGACUGGCAGGAUGGCUCGAUUGUCGUCGAAGGCGGCUCGUGGUUAGGCGCGCUCACCGAUGUGCUCGAUCAGCAUGGGCCUGAAUCGGCCUUCUACGACUUCGAUUUCCCGGCGACCACGCCUUCCGCCUACCUGCGUGCUGGUCUUAUGGCGUCUUUCUCACGCGCGUUUUUGAUAUCUCACGCACAUCUCGAUCACAUUCUCGGUCUCGUUCUCGGCUCUGCCUCUCUGCCGGGCAAGAGGACGGUGUUUGGGCUCAAACCCACGCUCGAAAACAUCCUCGACAUGUUCAACGGCAAGAUUUGGCCCAAGCUCGCUUCCUGGAACGAGGACGAACCGCACACCAUGUAUCACAUGCGAAGCUUGGACAACCAACGUCCCUUCUCGGUCAGCGAGACGCUCAGCGUGCUUCCCUUUGCUCUUUCGCACGGACUCAAUCCGUCGGAACCGCCUGCACCACCUACGCCCACCUACACGCCCGCGCAGCUCAACUCGAACUACUUUAGCAAGAGGAUGUCCUUGCCCAUUGGAACGCAGAUGGCGUCGUUCCAGCUGUCGAGAGGCGCUGGAUUGGAGGAGAGGUCGAGGGGGUUGGAGAGUAUCGAGCAGGGGAGCGAGGCGGAUGUGGCGGCGUUCAGGAGGCCUUCGUUCAACGCCAGUCCCUUCUUCGCGACCAACAGGGCUGGUUCGAAUGGGUCCUUGACCCCCGUGGUGAACAAGGUGGGGGAGCCGGUGAGCCCGAGGGCGAGUCCGGCGACGGGAGGGGGAGGGGGGAUGGCGAGCACGAGUUCGAGUUCGAGUGAGUUGUCGUCGACGGCGAUGGGGGUUUCGCUGAGUUCGGGAGGCGGACAGGGGGGACAGGGUGUCGCGAGGGGCACGCCGGAGAGGAAUAAGAGUAGGAGGCCCAGGACAGCGCAGGGUCCGGAGAGGAGGGUGUCGCCUCCGACCGCGUGGAAUCCACCUCCUCAAGCAGCAGCCGCCGCGGCAGCAGCAGCAGCAGGCGGUGCAGGCACUAGACAGCCGCCUCGACGGGUAUCCAUCGAUCGCACGCCUCCAUCGCUCGACUCGACCGCAUUCUUCAUCACGCACAAACACCACGACAAGGACGUCCUAUUCUUUGGCGACGUUGAACCCGAUUGCGUCUCCAAGAGUCCGCGCAACCGCCAAGUUUGGAGUCAUGCCGCCGAACGGUUCGCCCAGGGAAAGUUGAGUGCGAUUUUCCUCGAGUGCAGUUUCCCGCGCAACCACCCGACCGAGUUUCUGUACGGCCAUUUGUCGGUGGAGCAUCUGUUUGAUGAGUUGAGGGUGUUGGCCAUGAUGGUCAAGAGGUACAGGACUCGGCGGGGUAGUUUUACGGGAGGAAAGGCGAAUGGUGGAGGAGGAGCGGGGUUGCCGCAUUUGGCACCGAGUCCGUUGGGUACGGCUGGUGUUGGGGGUGGGGGUAGCGUGUAUGAUGCGGAUGAAGAAUUGAAGGGUCAGCUGGAGGGGUUGGGUGUGAUAGUGAUACAUGUCAAGCCGGCGUUGUUCCCGACGUUUGUGACCGACGAAGUUGGAAGCGACGCUGGGUCGACCAGGGGUGAAGUGCAUGGUGCGGGGGAGGAGGAGGAGGUUCAGCCGAGGUUGGACGAGAGGACUGCCCCGCAGAAGAUCCUGGAUGAGUUGAAUCAGGAAGAGCUCGAGGCCAGAUUGGGUGUCCGCUUUGUUAUGGCCGAGAAGGGCAUGCGGAUUGAAUGUUGA